AUGACGAUAAAUCUCAGCACCGAAGUAGAUCGCAACCUCCUCCGCGUAUCUCGUUCACGUGCAACUACCGAUCCCGCUAUUUUCGGAUCUGAACAGUCGAACCGAGAUUCUCGUUUGACUCGUUCAAACUCAGCUUGUGGACUUGACUCCGUCGAGCUAGAGCUCGACUUCAUCUUCACAAGUAGCUCGGACAGUAAACAGCUGGAUUUGGACAAGGAUACUUGGUGGGCUCGAGUAUCCCAUCUUCUUUUUCCCGAAAACCUCUUCUUCUACGAUGCAUUCCGCCGAGGGAAAGAGAGUGUCGCCGACGGAAAGUACGGGCCACACGCAAAGUCGAAACUAGACGAAGAAGGCCUAGUGAAUUUCCGACGUGAGUAUAACAUUCCCGACGAGAUCGAACUCGUGCUCCCGACGGAGUCAGAAGGCCUUGAGCAUGUCUUUUGGAGCAUUCUGGAGCAUAUGGGACAAGGAGCAUGGAGGGACUUGGCACAUGGACGCAGCUCAACUGGAAGCCAUCUUGAAGACCAGCUCGACCGUCUACUCGACCAACCGGUCGAGUUCCUCAACUCGACCGGCCAAGCUUCAACUCGAUCGAGCUGA